UGGGAGGCGGAGCCGCGGCUCCCGGGGCGGGGCUACGGUACGCUGUCAGCUGACCCAGACCGGUGAACCCAGAAACCGGGUACCCGCGGCGGAUCUCGUCUAGAGCCCUUGCCUGCCUCAGUGUACCACGCCCUCCCUGCUGGACUGGGGGCCUUCCCUCCACCACCAUGGUCUGGAAGAAACUGAGCUUUGGAAACUUCUCCAACUGCCCCAAUGGCUCUUUAGAGUGGAUAUGGGACUUGUUUGGUGAAUGUGCCCAGGACAGCUGGGAUGAGGCCAGUGUGGGGCUGGGCUUGAUCUCCAUUCUCUGCUUCGCUGCGUCUACCUUUCCCCAGUUCAUCAAGGCCUGCAAGACGGGCAACAUGGACCAAGCCCUGUCCCUGUGGUUCCUCCUGGGCUGGAUCGGCGGAGACUCCUGUAACCUCAUCGGGUCCUUCCUUGCUAACCAGCUGCCCCUGCAGACCUACACAGCAGUGUAUUACGUCCUGGCGGACCUGUUCAUGCUGUCACUGUACUUUUACUACAAGUUCAAGAAACGCCCCUCUCUGUUGUCUGCCCCCAUCAAUUCUCUGCUCUUACUCAUCGCUGGGUCAGUGUGCUCCACGCCCCUGCUGAGCAGGGCUGGCCCUGUGGCUGCCCCGAGGGAAGUCUUCCGGGGACGGAUGCUCCUGUCUCUGGAGCCAGGCUUCACGCCCUUCACUAAGCAGGAAAUCAUUGGCUUUGUCAUCGGCUCAGUCUCCAGCGUGCUGUACCUGCUGUCCCGAGUGCCUCAGAUCCACACCAAUUUCCUGCGGAAAUCGACCGAGGGUAUCUCCUACUCACUGUUCGCGCUGGUGAUGCUGGGAAACACUCUGUACGGGCUGAGCGUGCUGCUCAAAAACCCUGAGGUGGGCCAGAGUGAGGGCAGCUACCUGCUGCACCACCUGCCCUGGCUCGUGGGCAGCUUGGGUGUCCUGCUGCUCGACACCGUGAUCUCCAUCCAGUUCCUUCUGUACAGGAACAACAGCACUGCCUCAGAGCUCCAGCCUCUCCUCCCCAGCUGACCGGUGCCGGGCCGAGCCCAGGAUGACAGGGACCUGCAGAUCCACCCCCAGGAAGGAACAGGUGUGGGCAGUGGCAAUGCUGCUGCCCCUGGGUUAGCCUGGGGAGGGCCAGAACUAACAGCCCCACUGCCUUCCCCGCCUCUGGAGCCUUCGCAGGCUGGCCUGCCCUGGCAGCAUGCUUCCCAGGGUCUAGGACAGCUGUCAAGGGAGCCUCAAGGAAAGGGCUGCAGCUGAGGCCUCUGGGCCUCUCAGAAGACAGGGUGGCUGCCCCUGCUGCCCAUCUACCUCACUGCCUGUGCAGGCCCUGGGGGGAGCAACAGCUGCCGCCCAGUGGACCCAGGACUGUCUUAUUGUCUUCAGACAACCCAGUAAACAGUACCUCCCCUUGA